AUGCCCGAGGUAGCAACCAGCAAUGUUGUCACCACUGACUACAAGCCGCAUCCUCACGACACGAUGAAAGCCGCUCAAUGGAUAGGAACAAAGCAGAUUGAAGUCGGCGUUGUUCCCAAGCCCAUGAUCACUGCGAACAAAGAUGCGAUCGUCAGAAUCACUCACUGCACCAUCUGCGGUUCCGAUCUUCACAUGUAUGUUGGCGAGCUCAACUCAGCCAUGCAGAAGGGCGACAUCAUGGGUCAUGAGGCUAUUGGCAUCGUCGAAGAUGUCGGUUCAGAAGUUACAACGCUUCAGAAGGGCGACCGCGUCAUCAUCCUCCCGGUCAUUGCCUGCGGAGAGUGCUUCUAUUGCAAGCGAGAGGAAUACUCACUCUGCGACAAAACUAAUCCCAGCAAGGAGAUGGAAAGCAUGUGGGGACAUCGUCUUUCUGGCAUCUUUGGAUACUCACACCUUACUGGCGGUUAUCCUGGCAAUCAGGCCGAAUGGUGUCGCGUUCCUAAUGCGAAUCUGACUUGCGUCAAGGCCCCCAUGAGUGUCGACGCCAGGAAGCUCGUUGCUCUUGCUGAUGUCACACCCACUGCAUGGCACGGUUGUGAGCUUGCAGAGGUAUCGAAGGGGGACGUGGUAGGCGUCUGGGGUUGUGGAGCGAUUGGACUGUCCAUUCAAGCACUUUCUCUCUUCCGUGGUGCAAAGACAGUCUAUGCCGUUGACAAGGACCCCGCACGUCUCGCCAUUGCCCGCUCCUUGGGGGCCAUUGCGAUCGACAUCAACGAGCAUUCUGAUGUCGCCGAGUACAUACUCUCCAUCGAGCCCCACGGACUGGACAGAGGCAUCGAGGCCAGCGGAUUCCGAAGCGAGACGUCUGUAGCCCACACUUUGAUGCGCAAAGUCGGUCUCGAAGGCGAUCAAGGCGAUACUGUGACUUCGAUCAUCAAGAGCACCAGAAAGUGUGGCAACAUUGCCCUCAUUGGAGAUUUCUUCUUUAAUACCAACCAGUUCCCCAUUGGUAUGCUCAUGGAGAAGACCAUCACCCUUCGUGGUGGGCAGCUCAUGGCCCAGAAGUACUUUCCGUAUCUCCUCGAUAUUGUCGUCAAAGGACAGUACGACCCGUCGUUUGUCGUGACUCACACAGACAAAUUCGAGAAGAUUCCCGAGAGUUACGCGCUCUUCAACGAGCACAAGAUUCCUGGUGGAUUGAAGACUCUACGUAUGAUCGUACCGGACGCAGUCUCUUCUCCGGCGGCUCAAGUCGUGUUACUCGGCGCACGCAGCGACGAGCGAAGGCGACAGGGUCGUCUUCGCCUGACACAACCGCCCCAAGCACCCCUCUUCUCGCCCGACACUGCCCUUGGAUCGCCUCCGUCCAGCUCGCCGUUUAAGAACUUGGACAUUGCUGCCACGGACUACAAGAUCACCAGCGACAAGCUACUCCAACUCUAA